AGGAAACCAUCCCCAAAGCACACGAGCACGCAGUAGCACAGUGUCUCUACUCCUUGCUCGCGGCACGAUCGCACAGCACAGACCAACAAUGGCUGCCAAGCUUGCCCUCUUUCUGGCCCUGAGCCUCCUCUUCGCCGCCUCCGCGCACGGCUGCGCACCCUACUGCCCAGGCCCCGUCGUCCCGACGCCGCCGGUCGUGCCGACGCCGUCCCACAGCCACGGGCGCUGCCCGAUCGACGCGCUCAAGCUCAGGGUGUGCGCCAACGUGCUGGGCCUCGUCAAGGUCGGCCUGCCCCAGUACGACGAGUGCUGCCCGCUGCUGCAGGGGCUCGUCGACCUCGACGCCGCCGUCUGCCUCUGCACGGCGAUCAAGGCCGACGUCCUGGGCAUCCACCUCAACGUGCCCGUCAGUCUCAACCUCAUCCUCAACAAGUGCGGCAAGAUCUGCCCGGCCGACUUCACUUGCCCUCAGUGAGAUGGGGGAGCUGAUCGAUUGAGAUAAAGCCAUCAUCCAAGGAACCUAGGCUUGUCUAUCUACACUCGCGUUUCAACGGCGACAUGUCUUGUUAAAUGAUCAAUAAGUUUGUUAUAAAUUCUUUCACUGUACCUUUUUUUGCGAGGAACCUUUUGAAUUGUAUACUUGUAUGGAGUUGUACUACCAUUUUUAAUUGUCAAUGAUUCCGGCGUUAAUUAACAA